CAUACAGUUCAAAGCCAAUUAUCAGAACUAAAAGCAAAAUGUUUAAAUUGGUAUUAAUCGCUGCCCUUUUGGCUCUAUCUGUUGCUGUACCAGCUCCAGAACCAAAACCCGCACCAAAAGCUGAUCCAAAAGCUCAGCUUCUAGCUGCUCCAGUUGUAGCUGCUCCUGCUGUAGCAUACUCCUCUGCGUACGUCGAUGCACCUCUUGCCUAUUCUAGUUAUGUAGCUCCCGCUGUGUAUCCUGCUGCAUAUUCUGCGUAUUCACCAUAUGCUGCCUCUUAUGUAUAUUAUUAAUUAUGAAAUAAUGUAAUUUAUUGAUGAAAAU